AUGGGCGUCGGAAACAAACGCACAAUCACGAAGACGAGGAGGAAAACCAGACAUCUGGCGCAGUUCAAAGACACCAAAGCGGCUGAGGACCUUCCUGGCCUCGGCAGGCACUAUUGUAUUGAAUGCGCCAAGUGGUUUGACCGAGAGAGUACCCUAAAUUCUCACAGGCGCGGCAAACCGCACAAGCGCAGAGUCAAACAGCUCGGCGAAGAGCCCAGUCCAGACCCCCAAAGAAUGCCUGGGGCCGAUGCAGAGCCGCAAAUCGAUAAUCGACAUGACAACGUUGAAGAGGAUGCCUCUGGAGAUAUGGAAAUGGCCACAUGA